AUGCUGUCGCCGGUUAUGCAUAUUUUAAGACAAAAACAAAUAAUUUUAGCCAGUGGUUCGCCGAGAAGAAAAGAACUAGUUGAAAAUAUUGGUUUGAAAGUAAGGUUAUAUCCAUCUUUAUUUGAAGAGAAUUUAGACCCCAAAAGUUUCAGCUGCUUCUCUGAAUUUGUUGAAGAAACAGCAUUACAAAAAGUUUUGGAAGUAGAUAAUAGGCAAAGGGCAGAAGGUAAUUCGCCUGAUGUUAUUAUUGGUGCGGACACAAUGGUUACUCUGGAUGGUGAAAUGUAUGGUAAACCAAGGUCUGAGGAGGAAGCUUUUGAAAUGUUGUCAAGGUUAUCAGGAAGAGGUCACACUGUAUAUACUGGGGUAGCUAUUAAAACCGUUGAUCAAGUUAUUAAGUUCUCUGAAAAGACUGAUGUUUACUUUGGCAAAAUGAAUGAGGAACAAAUAAGAGGUUAUAUUGCAACUGGUGAACCUAUGGACAAAGCUGGUGGUUACGGUAUUCAAGGAGCAGCCGGAACAUUUGUGGAAAGAGUGGAUGGUGAUUACUUUACAGUUGUUGGCCUUCCAAUCUAUAGAGUUUGCUCUGUUUUAUAUGAUUUGUUUAGGCAAAAUAAGUAA